AUGACACAAGAUUCAAAAACGUGUCGGGAGGACAAAAUUGACAGAAGCGAACAUCUAGUUAUGACACCAGAUACAAACAAAGGAAAACUGUUUGUGCCGAAGACGGGAGAGGCGGUUGAUGGGGGAAACAGUUUGUUGGGAACGGUGACAGAAGAAGGUGGGACUCGAGCUGGAGGAGAUGCCGAGAAGCAGAACAUGUUGCAUGAUGGUGGUAAUGGCGAGCUACCAGAUGACAGUAAACCAGAGCAAGAGGAUGAUGGUGUACCUAUCGAUCGUGGAUGGGCUUGGGUAGUGUUAGCAGGGAGUUUCCUGAAUGUUAUUUUAAUGGCUGGAUAUGGACGGUCCGUUGCCAUGUUCUUUGUGGCAUACUUGGAAGAAUUCGAGGCAUCUGCCACAAAAACAACCUUGUUCAUGGGUGUGAUGGCAGCGACGUACAGUAUAAGUUCUCUCAUAUCGAUGAACAUAAUUCUGCAACUGCUUGGGGAGAGAAAGACGGUACUUCUUGGUGGGACUAUAUCAGUUGUAGGAAUGCUGACAGGAGUUUUCGCCACCAGUAUUACAUACCUCAUCUGCACUCACAGUAUUCUCACUGGUAUAGGGCAUUCCAUGAUUCAUGCUCCAGCAUUGGUAUUGAUCGGAAAGUACUUCAAGAAGAGAAGAGGCAUUGCCACAGCAGUUGCCAUGUCUGGAAUUAGUAUUGGGGGCAGCGUUUUCCCACCCCUCGUUCGUUUCUUAUUAGAUGAAUAUGGUGUCAGAGGAAGUAUGUUGAUCCUAACAGGACUGACAAUGAACAUGUGGGUCGGGGCUGCGUUGUUUAGACCAUUAAGUUUCUUUCAUAAAAGGAUACCAAAAAACCCAUCUGUCAUGAGUGAAGGGCGAAAACAUGACCAAAGACAUGGCAUUGAAAAACAUGGGAAUGAACAUGAUGUGGUUCGAGUAUGUUCUGUUAAGGAACUAACUAGUGUUAAUGGUGGACAAGCAGUGGUCACAUUUGCGAGUCAAUCAAAUAGAGGAAAGGGACAGACAAGUGCAAUUAUCCGCAAAAGUGCAAGACCAGAAUCAGUUGUCAGCAUUGAAUCACAAGUAGAUUCCCGCUCAGAAAGCCAGAUUAGAUUGUACACAAGUAACCCAGAUUUGACAUCAAUGUCAAUGGUGGAUAUUACAGAAAUCAAUGCUGAAUCAUUUGACAAUGAACAGGAAUCAAAAGAAGCCAAAAGUUGUGGCAUGUAUGUGAAACGAGCAUUAUCAACAUUUGACUUUUCCUUGUUGAAGCAGCCAAUGUUUCAGUUGAUUGUUGCAUGUGCUCAUUUUGGGGUAAUAUUUAGAUUGGUUGGAAUCUACCUUCCUGCCCUGGCAAAGGAAAAGGGCAUCUCACAAACAGAUGCAGCAUAUUUGUUGACUUUGUCGUGUGUUCUGGAUUUCUUCAGCAGACUUGCUGUCGGGUUUGUCGCCGAUCUCAAAUACAUUAAAAUAAAUCAUUUGAUGGUUAUUGGAAUGCUUAUAUCUGGAAUGGCAACACAGUUUGUCUAUUUUUUCAACACGUAUGCUCUUCUCGUCGUAUUCUCUGUGAUUGUCGGACUCUUUGGCAGUUUUUAUCACUGCCUUAUUCCUGUUGCCAUUGUCGACUUCAUGGGACUUGAAUACAUGGCGAAGGUUCUUGGAUUUAUAGCUGUGUUCCACGGUUUAGCCAGAUCCGUGACGCAUCCGAUCAUGGGGACAAUCCGUGACCUGACCAGUUCAUACAACCUUUGUUUCACCUACAUUGGAAUAUGUAACUUCAUAGCUGCAAUAUUUCUAUUUUGUGUACCGCUCGUCAGAGGUCGGGCGAACAGAAUGAAGUCACAGAGCUCCCAUAAGAACAUUGAAGAAAACCGACCACUGAAAGGCAUCUGAUGU